AUGGCAUGCAUCAGCGCUACACUACUCCAUGCCCGCCCGCUGUCAAGUGCCCUGCAUUAGCAUUCGAUAAAAAAGUAUCCCAUCACGCCACGCCGCUGAUGCCAUCCGAGCAGCCAGCACCUGUUCCCUCACCGCCAUGUCCCGUACCCGUGAGCACGUACACACGGCGCGGUACGCUACUAGUCGCGAAUACGGUUGCGUCGGUUCCCUUCUAUCUCUGUAUCUACCCAAGCCUUGUCCGGACAAAAAGGGGGGGCAUGCCUCACCAAAGUGUGCCGCAAACCCCACAUCCAAGCUCUGGGGCGCAGCACUCUCUAACCCUUCUUUAGCUCAUCACCCGCUCCUCCUUACAGAAAAGUGUCCCACUCACCACAAACCAUGUUCUGAUCUCUCAUGAGUCGCUACUUAUUGUUUGCCAAACAAAAAAAAUACGACCAAUUCGUCACUUGCCUCCGAGCGCUCGGAUGUCGCGGCGCUGCAUCUCGGUUUCAAUAUCUCGUAUCGCUGUUUAUUUUCUCCGGUAGUGCUACGGGGCCCUUGUGGAGCUUUCCAAUACUUGCACGCACAGAGCAAAAAAAUCACAGACAACAAAUUUCCAUACUUAGCAUC